AUGCCGGCGUUUAGCGGGAAACAGAAGAAGAAGCAGCUGCAGGAGCGGCGACAGCGCAAGCAGCAGGCUGCGGAGGAGCACGGGGACGGCCAACGUAGACGCGUCACCGACGGCGACCACAGGCACGGCCAUGACGGCGACAGAAGCGGCAGCCGAGACGAACACGGCGAUGGAGGCGUGCAGGUGGAGUACAAGUACGGCGCCGACCGUAAGGGAAUUCGCAGUGUGUUUCUAAAGGAGACGGCCGACGAGGUUGCCGCACGCAAAAAGCGCUCCUAUGAGCCACUGGCGCAGCGGCGCUUCAUGGACGAUAACGGUAUUCCCUUUGGCUCGUGGUUCGACAUGCCGGGGCACACCGACGCCGCGCUGAUGCCGUUUUCUGUGGAGCUUCCGACGCGUGGGUGGACACUGACUGCGGCGGCGGCGACGGCGUUGGAAAAUAAUAACAGCACUGACAAUGAUGACGCUUGCGAGGAGGGGAGGAGCGGAGAGGGCCCUCCUGACAACGCCGCCCUCGAGGCAAGCGAGGAGGCGCGGUUUCAGGCGUAUCUGCAUGCGGUGGACAACUACCCGCUUCCGGCGCCCCUGCGGACGCUGCAGUUAAGCUCGCACGAGCGCAACCUUGACGUCUGGCGGCAGCUGUGGCGCACCGUGGAGCAGAGCGACGUGGUUGUGAUUGUCUGCGACAUCCGUUACCCGAUUCUGCACCUGCCGCUCUCGCUCCUGCGGUACAUUGUGCGACAGAGCAGAAAACCCGCGCUUGUGCUGCUCAACAAGGCAGACCUUGUGCCGAGGCCCAUCCUCGACGGCUGGAUGCAGUUCCUGCCCCGCUACUUCCACGCGACGGGCGUGGUCUCCGCGGACGCCGCUGAAGCCGCGGCCACCGGUGUGGUGUGUGAUAUUCCGCUGCUCCCCUUUACGUCGCUCCCGGCAGCCGAAACGGCCUUUGGUGCGGAGGAGGCCGGUAACGCGGCGAAGCGGCGCAAGAAGCAGAAGCGACGCACAAAGUUGUACGAGCAGCUCCGCACAGGGAAGCUGCAGGUGGCAGAGACACCCACAGGGGGCAACAACAACAACGACGACGACGACGAUGCGGAGGGAAGUGGCGGCUCUUCCCACGAGGAGGGAGCGGGCAACGACAGUCCUCGCGACGGAGCGAGUGGUGAGGGGGAGUCUGCGUACGCGGUGACAGACAACUUCAAAGGCAUGCAUAAGGCGGAGCGGGAGCUACAACACGAUAGGCGUGGACACAAGGAGCUUCAGAUUGUCUCGGACAUGAUCUCCGCGCUGCUGCAGCGGUGUCGCGAGUUGGGUGAGGCCAAAUCAUCUGACCUGUGCGGCGGUGUUGGCGGGGAAGCGGCGACGCUGCACAUUGGCGUCGUGGGUCACCCAAAUGUGGGGAAGUCGAGCCUGCUCAACUGCAUCCGUGGCACAAAGGUGGUGUCUGUCUCCGCCACGCCGGGGCACACAAAACACCUGCAGACAAUCCCCAUUCCAUCCGAGCGCGUCGUGCUGAUUGAUUCCCCCGGUCUCGCCCUCCCUGUCUUUGGUGUCCCGCGGCCGCUCCAGGCCGUCGUUGGCACGCACCAGAUUGCCCAGACGCGGGACCCGCAGAGUGGUGUGGCCUUUUUGGCGUCGCAUCUGCAACUGGAACGACUCUACGGCCUGCGCAAGGUAGAGGGGGCCGAUGAGGCGGAGGCGUGGUCGCCGUACGAGCUCUGUGAGAGCUACGCGAAGAAGAAGGGGUACUUUGUGAAGCAUGGGAAGGGGGCACUGGACGUGCACCGCGGCGCGAUUGAGAUUCUGCAGGAGGCCUACGAAGGCCGGCUGGUGCUUUUCUUUGCCCCGCCUGACGCCGCUUGGCUGCAGAGCACGCAGUUUCGCGAGGAGGUUCGGCCGUUUUUGCUCCUGGAAGUGCAGCUCCCGGAAACUGCGGGCGAGUGA